ACAUUUUUGAAGGGUACUCAUUUAUAUCAGAAUAUAAGAUGAGAGACGAACACACAUGUUGAAAUAUGACCAAGUGGUGACGUCAGGUAGCUCAAGUAUAUCAGAAUAUAAGAUGAGAGACGAAAACACAUUUUGAAUGAGUUAUUAGUAGGUCACCUGGAAGCAGCGAGUCGUAAAAGCAAAGCAGAGCCGAAGAAGAGAUGAAAUUGCUAUCACUUUCCACACCCGACUCUACUACUUGUUACCUUUCAUCUUCCGCUUUUCUUCCAUCCCAUUCCAAUGGCUUCCAAAAUCUGGCUUCUACCUUCAAAUUCUCUAACAAUCAGGCAAGAUGCAUAAGGAAAGCUGGGGCAACUAAAGUCACUGCAAAGUUUGAGCUGAAGCCACCGCCAUAUCCGCUGAAUGCUUUGGAGCCAAUUAUGAGCCAGGAGACAUUUGAGUACCAUUGGGGAAAGCACCACAGAGCUUAUGUUGAUAACUUGAACAAGCAAAUUGAAGGAACAGAUCUAGAUGGAAAGUCACUAGAGGAAACUAUAGUUAUUGCCUACAAUAAUGGCGACAUUCUCCCAGCUUUUAACAAUGCAGCACAGGUAUGGAACCAUGAUUUCUUCUGGGAGUCCAUGAAACCUGGUGGUGGUGGAAAGCCAUCUGGAGAACUUCUAAAACUUAUUGAAAGAGACUUUGGUUCAUUUGAAAAAUUUGUUGAUCAGUUCAAGCUCGCUGCUUCAACACAAUUUGGUUCAGGAUGGGCAUGGCUUGCAUAUAAAGAAAAUAGACUUGAUGUUGGAAAUGCCGUAAAUCCUCUUGCAACUGAUGAGGACAAAAAGCUAGUCAUCCUGAAGAGUCCUAAUGCUGUGAACCCCCUUGUUUGGAGCCAUCAUCAUCCACUCCUUACCAUUGAUGUCUUGGAGCAUGCUUACUACCUUGACUAUCAGAACCGACGUCCUGAUUAUAUAUCAGUGUUCAUGAAUAAGCUUGUGUCUUGGGAAGCAGUAAGUUCAAGACUUGAGCAAGCUAAGGCUGUAAUUGCGGAGAGGGAGAGAGAGGAGGAGAGGAAACGAAGAGAGGAAGAAGAGAAGUCAACAACCAGUGAAGCUACGCCUACUCCUGAGAUAUUUGCUGAUAGUGAUACUGAUUAGAAUACAUAAUGAGUUUUUUUUUUUUUUUUUUUUUUUUGUCUAGAGUAGACAAAGUUCAAAAUGGCUUAUAUUUUGCACCAGGUCGGUGUGUAUCUAUACAGGUUAAGUGGCUUCAAGCUGCAAAUUUUUUUCUCUAUUGUCAUUAUUCUAAAUUAAUGCUUCAUACAUACAAUAUUAAUAAUGCUUCAUACAUACAUACAAUAUUAAAAUGGCUUAUCAUGUGAAUUA